UCAAGAUGGCGGGUGACGAGUCUGGCACAACGCUUGGUCAGCCUCAUCUGUCCAAACAAGACCUCAAUACUCUGGAUGUGACGACCCUCACGCCUCUGUCUCCACUGAUCAUCAGCAGACAGGCCACCAUCAAUAUCGGAACUAUUGGUCAUGUGGCUCACGGGAAGUCCACAGUAGUGAAGGCCAUCUCUGGCGUCCACACUGUCAGGUUUAAGAAUGAGCUGGAGAGGAACAUCACCAUCAAGCUCGGAUAUGCUAACGCUAAGAUCUAUAAGCUGGACGACUCCAGCUGUCCCCGGCCAGAGUGCUACAGGUCAUGUGGCAGCAGCACUCCUGAUGAGUUCCCCACAGACAUCCCAGGAACCAGAGGAAACUUCAAACUGGUCAGACACGUGUCAUUCGUCGACUGUCCCGGUCACGACAUUUUGAUGGCCACCAUGUUGAACGGAGCAGCUGUCAUGGACGCAGCCCUCCUGCUGAUUGCUGGUAACGAGUCGUGUCCUCAGCCUCAGACGUCGGAGCAUCUUGCUGCCAUCGAGAUCAUGAAGCUGAAGCACAUCCUGAUCCUGCAGAACAAGAUCGACCUGGUGAAGGAGAGCCAGGCCAAGGAGCAGUACGAGCAGAUCCUCGCCUUCGUGCAGGGCACGGUUGCCGAGGGCGCUCCCAUCAUUCCCAUCUCAGCCCAGCUGAAGUACAACAUCGAGGUGGUCUGUGAGUACAUCGUGAAAAAGAUCCCUGUUCCCAUCAGAGACUUCACCUCCGAGCCCAGACUCAUCGUCAUCAGAUCUUUUGACGUGAACAAACCCGGCUGUGAAGUAGACGACCUGAAAGGAGGCGUAGCAGGAGGAAGUAUCCUGAAGGGUGUCCUCAAGGUGGGGCAGGAGAUCGAGGUGCGACCGGGCAUCGUGUCCAAAGACCACGAGGGGAAGCUGAUGUGUAAACCCAUCUUCUCAAAGAUCGUCUCUCUGUUUGCUGAACACAACGACCUGCAGUACGCUGCUCCAGGAGGACUCAUCGGUGUUGGCACUAAGAUCGACCCGACGCUGUGCCGAGCCGAUCGUAUGGUCGGUCAGGUGCUCGGCGCCGUUGGAGAGCUGCCAGAGAUCUUCACCGAGCUCGAGAUCUCCUACUUCCUGCUCAGGAGGCUGCUGGGAGUCCGCACAGAGGGAGACAAGAAGGCCGCCAAGGUCCAGAAACUGUCGAAGAACGAGGUUCUGAUGGUGAACAUCGGCUCGCUGUCGACAGGCGGCCGAGUCAGCGCCGUCAAAGCCGAUCUGGCCAAGAUCGUCCUCACCAACCCCGUCUGCACCGAGGUCGGAGAGAAGAUCGCUCUGAGCCGACGUGUGGAGAAACAUUGGCGUCUGAUCGGUUGGGGGCAGAUCAGGAGAGGCGUGACCAUCACACCGACAGUGGACGAUGACUGAGGAGGACAAAAAAAACCAGAGUGCUACCAUAGCAACGCUCCCAUCAGCCGGACAUCAUAACAAUUACACAUUCAUCUUUUUUUUUGAAUUUUUUGUUUUUGUUUGGUUUUUCAUUUUUGGAAUUUUAUUAUUAUGUUUCAGUAUGGAGGAAGGAAGGGAACAGGACAGGACAUUUAUUUUAUGGUUUAAAGACGCCUCCUCUUCCUCCUCCUCCUCUUCCUCCUCUGCAGAGACACGAGGAAGAGGAGGAGGAGGAGGAGGAAGAGCUUUAGACUGUCAUAACAAUCCUCCAGAGUUCAUUCAGUACAGAAAUACAGAAAAACUGUGCUGCCCACAGAUUUCAGCCACAACUAAUAAAGUACAUUUAAAAGAAA